GCUUUUCUCUCAAUUUCCUUUCCCUUUUUUCCCCCUUUCUCUGAAUGUGCUUUGCUUCUGCUCUGCCUUUCUUCUGCUGUCGCCGUCGUCGUCGCUGUUGUUGCUGCUGCUGCUACUGCUGCUGCUGUUGUUGCCUCGACCAGGAGCCUUUCUCACGACCUCAUCGCCUCCUCUACGAACACUCACGACGUUACGGCUGUAUUUGAUUGUCUCUCCUUAUUUUUUUUUAGCUCAAACAAUUGCUCGUCUCGAUUGCCAUCUCAUCUCAACACAACCGCAGCCAACCGACGACAGCUUGAUACCCUCUCUACGACGCAUCCACGUUGCGCCUGCGAUCAUCACGAUACCAAAUCAACCCUCUCCUUUCCCCCCGACCACCAACCGCAACCCCUCCGAUACCACCAACACCACCGACGAUAUGGCUUCCCCCUCCCCCGCUCCGCCCGCCGCCGAGACCUCGCGUCAAUAUGUCCCUCUGACCUGCCACGGCCACUCGCGACCUGUGCCUCACGUCUGCUUCUCCGGCCUCGAGAAGGGCGAGCAAUACUACAUGAUCUCGGCCUGCAAGGAUGGAAACCCUAUGCUGCGCGACGGCAUCACUGGCGACUGGAUCGGAACCUUCAUCGGCCACAAGGGCGCCGUCUGGCAGGCCAGAUUGAGCCCCGACGCCUCCAACGCGGCCACCGCCUCGGCCGACUUCACCGCCAAGGUCUGGGACACCCACAGCGGAGAGGUUCUCUACACCCUCCAGCACAACCACAUCGUCCGCGCCGUCGCCUACCCGCCCGACAACUCAGAGCUCAUCGCGACCGGAGGAAUGGAGAAGAAGCUGCGCGUCUUCGACCUCAGCGACUUCGCCCCCGACCCCAACUCGCCCGCCGGCACCCCCAUCACCGUCCCUGCGUCGGCCGGCUUCGAGAUUGGCGAAGGCACCCACACGGGAUCCAUCAAGUUCAUCGCCUGGACCAAAGAUCCUAACACGAUUGUUACUGCCUCCGAUAACACCCUCCGCUGGUUCGAUCUCCCCACGCGCACCGUUAUCCGCCAGGAGGUCCUCGACGGCGAGAUCAAGUCUUGCGAGCUCGUCUCGCUGGCACCCGAGUUCACCUCUCCCAGCGACAUUGGCGGCGGCCUUCCCGUUCUGUCUGUCGCGGCCGGCAAGUGGGUGUACUUCUGGGGCGGUCCCCAGGCCUCGGACGAGCUGAAGCGCAUCGAGCUGAAGCACGGUGUCGCCAGCGUCGGCCUCGAUCUCAAGGGUCGCAAGAUCGUCAUGGGAGAGGAGCCGGGCACCUGGGCGCGCGUCUGCCGCUGGGACGACGGUACCGACAUUGAAACCCUCAAGGGCCAUCACGGACCCAUCUGGUCCAUCGCCUUCUCACCCGACGGCAAGCUUUACGGAACCGGCUCGGAAGACGGCACAAUCAAGAUGUGGAAGAACUGCGACGGGUUUUACGGCCUGUGGCGUGGCGGCGCCCCCAACGCGGAACGCAACGUGGAUUAGAGAAGCACGUCGUCCAGCAUGGCGUCGCGCCACGAAGGAAGCGACGCUUACACCCCCUCGAGCAGCCGGGUCUCGUCGGGCUCGCACUUUGACGGGACGGCGCACCUGAGCAACAGCUCGCUCACCGAAACGCCGGCCAUCGCCCAUCAGUUAAUGGAUCGGUUUUUUGCCACAGCAGCGGGCCGGUCCCUAGCGGAGGAUGGGUCGCCGGUGCGAAGGGAUCAUUGCUAGUACAAGACGGAGUGAGCAAACACGCCGUCGCUGCCCUUGAGCGGCAUUGGCUUGGCUUGGAGCAUCCUAAUGAUGUAGAGAUGCACGUAAGCAAGCAUCGUACGGUCGAGCUCGAGUGUGUCGGAACUAGAUGCCCACAAGCGUCAUGGAAUUAGGCUAGAUGGUUGCCAUCAAUGGCGGGUCGAUAUCACCAAUACACAAUUACCAAGCGUCUGUCGUCCUUGCUCAC